AUGUUGCCACGAACAAGCGCAAGGCUUGGAGCAGCUUUAUUGACAUCCACAGCAAAACGACGAGUCUCGCAGCCAUGUCGCCUUCACUUGACACGCCAUUCCUUGCUAGUCGACAAUUCACGAUCGGCCACGGGAUCUCACAAUCGCUUUUGCUACUCGACGCUGACAGCGAACGAUGAAUCGACAACCCUUGAACGUGCCAUUGAACAACACAAUUUGGCGCAGGCACGAAAGUCGUUUGAGCUCAUCAACCGAGGCAACGACAACUUGAGUCGAGAGACGAUUCGCAGCUUGUUGCUUAUUGCACGCAAGAGUCGUAAGCAAUCCGAUCUCGUGUUGGUGCAGGACAUUGUCAAUACCAUGGAGACACGGUUUGGUCUUGCUCCUCAGGCGUUCGAGUAUCAUGCUCUCAUGUAUGCGUAUGGUGUUCAUAAUCGACCUGAAAAGGCACACAAUGUUCUUGAGCAAAUGUCGCAGCAUGAUAUCAAAGCCAAUACAUUCACUUACAACACACUUCUUGGAUGCUACAAGCGAGCUGGCGAUACUCAAAAGGCGUUGCAGUUAUUGGAUGAGAUGAUGGAACGACAAAUCCCACGCGAUGUUGGCAGCUACAACACAUUGAUUCAUCUUUUGGCUGACACGGAUCGAGAGAUGGCAUAUCAACUCUAUGACAAAAUGCAACACGAUGGCGUCAUGCCCGACAAUUAUACCUUUUCCACUAUGCUCAACAUCGCCACCAAAGCAAACAAUACAACUAUAGGCGAUCGUGUAUACGCAGAUAUCCUCGUCAAAAAGAACGCCAACAUCGACUUGUAUACACUGAACAACAUGUUAGCAUACAAGGCAAAUGCUGCACAGGAUCUUCAAGGUGCUCUCGACCUCUUUUAUACUCUUCCAAAAAGCUUGCGCCCUGACGUGGUCACUUACAAUCUUUUACUCGACGCAUGUCUCAAGCUCGACAAACCAGAACAAGCUUUCAAAUUAUUCGAUGAGAUGCACAACAAAGCUGGAUGCGCUCCCGAUGUGGUCACCUAUGGCGCGUUGAUGGAUGCAGAAGCACGGCUUGGUAAUGUGGAAGGAGCACUGAAACGCUUUGAUGAAAUGAUUCAACAAUCGAUUGCACCCAACGACCGAGUCCUUUCGUCACUCGCCAACCUUGCAUCACAAGAAAAAGAUUCGACGCAGCUGGAUCGGAUAUUGACGAUAGUGGAACAGCAUAGCAACAACUCGCCUUUACAAUUGGAUACGCAAGCAUACAAUGGGCUGCUAAGUGGACUCGCCAAACAAGGUCGAUCUUUGCAGGCACAAAACUUGUACGACAAGGUGUUCCGAUACAACACUCAAAAGGCUGAUAUUGCGACGUAUACGAAUUUGAUGUUGGCGUAUAUCAAUGAUGAGCUUGUGGAUGAUGCUAUGGAUAUUUACUAUGAGCUGCGUGAGUUUGUGCAUGGAUCAGAUGCUGGCAAGGAGCGUUUCAACAUGGAUGCGACAUUUUACACCACGCUGAUAUCGGCCAUGACACGGUUGCCAGGACAAGAACUUGAUUUGGGAGAUCGACCGGCGCCCAAUUAUGCAUACACCAUUGAUGAUACACCGAUUCAAGGACUGGAUGGACGAUCACAACCUAUGCUUUUGACAGCACUUGCAUUAUUCAACGACAUGCGACGAUCGAUGAUACGGCCCAAUGCACAUGUAUAUACCGCCAUAUUGCAUGCAUGUGCAAAGUACAAGGAUGCGUAUGUGUUGGAGCAGGUGCACAAAUUGAUUCGCAUGGAUUUGUACUUUGAUCCGGAUACAGCAGUCUACAACGCGUUAAUGAAUGCAUACAACCGAGUUGGGGAUGGCCAUAUCGUGCUGCAGAUGUGGGAGAUGUUGGCUCUUUCCUCAGCCCCUGAAACUGCCAUUGAUCAAACCACCGUUUCCAUCGUCCUCGAUAGCUGUGGUCACAAUGGAUACAACUACCAUGCACGUGAUAUUUGGCAUACGCUUAAGCAAUCCGGAUUCGAGCUCAAUACCAACAACUAUUGUUCUUAUGUGGAAUGCCUAUGUCGAAGCAAGGGUCGAGAUGGCUGGGAGGAAGCGAAAAGGGUGGUGGAUGAAGAAAUGCGGCCUGCUUACUCCGCCAAUUCACUCGUUGACCCACGCCCCCUCGUGGAUGACAAGACUGUAAAUACUCUGAUCAGCUUUGCAAAAAAGAAGGAUUUCUCUCAAGAUGAAAUUGAAGCACUCGAGCUUUGGAAGAAUGAUAUAUUGCAUCAUGAUAGACAAUAG